GACACGUGCGAAUCCACAGACUGACGCAGGGACCUACACCUGCCUGGCCGGGCAUGAGAGCGCUGACGUCACCAUCGAGUUCUUGUCUCGCGCUGAGGUCAAGUCACAUACGUCACAUUCAGCACUACCUGGCCGACUCCUCCUCCACAGAUGUCACGUCUGUGACGCCCGUCGAGCCGCAAUAUAAGGAGGGCGUGGCUUAUGACGUGGGCUAUAACGUCACGAACCAGGUGGUCUACGUCAGCGGCAACUGGUCCGCGUGCUCUGUCACAUGCGGUGCUGGACACCAAACACGUCACGUGACAUGUACUCGCAUCACUUACAGGUACUUGAAACAUCUUCCUGACAGCGAGUGCGAAAAAACUGGUCUCGUCAAACCUCGCGAGACCCAGGAAUGUUCCCAGCAGCCAGACUGCCCUCAGUGGUCGCUUGGUAACUGGGAGAAGUGCUCCCUCAACACAUGCGUCAUGGACGGUUUUGCCGAGCGACGCCGACCAGUGAUGUGCAUGUACACCAACGGCAGCCUGGCGCCCAGCGGAGCCUGCGACAACAAGCAUCGUCCUGAGAGCGCUCGGCGCUGCGUCAACAUCGACUGCGUGUCACAGUGGACCACCACAGCCUGGACUGCGUGCCAGCCAAGCUGUGGAGAGAAGGGGAUACGAGCUCGCAUGCUGAUGUGCACAUGGCAAAGGACUGGUCUCCCGGCCUGGACAGCGUGUAAACACAAGGAGCGACCCCCAGCCUCCGAGGUCUGCAAGCCGCGACCUUGUCCGGCCAUCUCCAUGGAAGAAUGCCGUGACAAGUCCCGAUACUGCAGCCUUGCGGUCAUGCUCAGAAUGUGUCGAGUUGAAGACUUCCGGUACAAGUGCUGCAGGUCUUGCAGAAAGAUGUUAGAAAGUAACCAGUCCUGACAUCGACCUAAACAACCGGACACACAGCAACAUCUUGCGGUCGGUCGCUAAACCAUCUCUACUGGCAUCCACAAAUAAUGGACCCACAGUAUCCUGCCUUCUAAAGAAACAGUCGGACACAUAAUGUCUGGAAAACUUGUAUCUUUGUGAAAUCUGUACGAACGAUCGCAAACGUUUGCCAACGCAGUAAGCAGCGAAAGGGAGCGAAAUCGUGCCAGACACAGAUAACUCUGUCCCGAGCAGCAUCUCGCUCACCAAGUGCGAUGCUUUCUCAUCCUGUUAUCCCUUGGAGAUUUUCUUUUACUCAUCUUCUCUCGGCAUACUUACAGUUGGCUUGUUCUUUUGGAUUAUUUUAAUGUCAUCCUCAAUGCAAUUCAUUUGUAAAUUUUCGUAUACCUGCUAUUUCGAACAAUUUAUUGACUUAAUUCGUGUUUGUUUAUAUUCAUUUUACUAAAUAUUGCCACUGUGUGUGUGAGCGGGUCAUCACUUGUACCUACACUAUGUUCCUUACACUUUUUUCUUACAUCCGGUGAGGAAAGUCUCAGACUGGUCAUUUGUUGACCAUUCAAACAUGUGUUCGCUGAUUAAUACCUCUUAAGGUGUACUAAGUACAUGUAACCAGUUUACUUAUACAUUGGGGCUGGAGGGAAAAUGGAGGGGAGUUAUCCAUUAGAAUGUGUUGGGGCAUAGAAUACUAGGCCUUGAAGGCAGUGGCACAGAACAUACUAGACGCAGAAACUUCUCUUUCUGUGUACAGUAUGUUCACGCAUCAUGAAAAAUUUUUGUAUGUCAGCGUGGUUGAGAAGGUAUAUUAGACGGUAAAUAUCUUCGCGAAUACAUGUGUGUGUGUGGAUGCGUGAGAGAGCUCUGGGGUAAAGGGGGCGAGAAGAAGGUGGGGAGGGAUGUGUCACCUUUGACCUUUGACAUGCCAUGGACGUUGAACCACAAAUCUAGGCAUUUUUUUCACACUGCAUGAUUUUUCUCCGCUCAAACUGCUCUAUUGUUAAAAAGUAUACAACAGAGCAUGUUCGUUAAAAAGAUAAAUAUUUUCAACAGGGUU